UGUGUCAAAAAUGGCGGAUCUCAAUAAAGAACUGAGUGAAUAUUUACUAAGCAAUAAGAAUGAAAAGCAAUAUAAAUUGACGAUUCCAUCAGUGACGAUACCAAAGCCCUCAAUAGGCAGAUGGCUGGGACGAUCGAGCGAAGAGGAGCGACAGGAGGGAGGGUGGAUGCAAAAUGCUCAGAGAGACUGCUGUCCCAGUAUGACCAGAUUUCAACGUCUCACUGGGUUUGUCAUGUGUAUUGUCAUGGGAAUAAUAUGCUUUAGUUUAUCGGCUAUUUACGUGCCCGUUUUGCUGUUGAAGGCACGUAAAUUCGCACUGUUGUAUUCGCUGGGAAGUGUUUUCUUCUUGAUGAGUUUUUGUUUCCUGUGGGGACCCAUCAGCUACCUGAAAUCAUUGUUAACCCCCGAGAGAAGAUGCUUCACGUUAUCUUACUUCGCAACCCUCGCAGGAACCCUCUACUUCGCCCUUCACCUGCAAUCAACCCCCCUGACAGUAUUGUGCGCAGUCCUGCAGAUAAUAGCUCUCCUGUCGUUUCUAGUUAGUCACAUACCAGGUGGCACUGCUGGACUCAUGUUCUUCGGGAGAUUAUUCAGGUCGUCAGGCAGUCCCACUCUGCCCAUAUGACAUUUCCUCAGGGCAAUCGCUUCAAGCUCAUGCCUAGAACUGAUAAAAGACUGGCCAGAAACUACAUCACGCUCGUAGAAUGUCUAUGGGUAAUUAAUAUAGAUAAAUUAAGGAUUAAAAAUUUAUCGGUGAUUGAGUUGAGACCAAAUAUGUACAUAAAUCCCACGAAAAUCGAGAGUUUUGCUUUUAAUAUCUGUUCUUCCACGUGAAUGUACAAUUUUUGAUUGAUAAUAAAUGUAUAAUUAUUUAA